CUAGAAGCUACCAGUAUGGCACAUGUGUCUGUCUGUUAAAAAGACUAUGUGUUCUACAAGGACCAUUCCCUGAGAAGAGCCAACAUUGAGGAUAAUGCAAACAUUCUGGUUUCUAAUUCAUGAUGAAUAAUGGCAACAGUUUUGGGUCAGUUUAUGGAGUUUCACUCAGUUCAUGGUACAAAUGUGAGGUUGGACCCCUCAAAAACGCAGGCCACCCGAGUAGAAAGUUUUGCAAAUGGUGUCUGCUUCAGUAAAGACCCUUUAAGCCCUGGAGAGAUCUUUCUAGUGGAGAUUGAAGAGAAAGAACUGGGCUGGUGUGGUCAUUUAAGGAUUGGACUUACUGCCCAUGAUCCUCGGACACUGGAAACUGUGCCAGAAUACUCUCUGCCUGAUCUUGUGGAAAUGGGGGACAGCUGGGUGUUUGCAAUAACAAGAAACCACAAUAAAGUAAUUGAGGAAGGAGCAAGAGAGGUGGCAGAUGGAGAACAGCCAAAUGUGGAUGUUGACACUGGAAACAAACCUAAAAUAUUUUUCACAGACACUCAUCUGCACAUAGAAAAUUUUUACAUACCAAGAGACAAGCUGGUGGGACGCAGUCGACCAGGGAGGUACAGUCACAUCCUGGACGAUCUGUAUAAAACCAAUGCUCUACCCCCCACUGCUCGUCGCAGUCGUAUAGGGGUUGUCUAUGUACCUAAUGGAGAAGGCUGUGCCGACAUGCACAUUAUCAUUAACGGAGAAGACAUGGGAGCUUCAGCCAAGAGGAUCCCCAGCAAUAAGCCUUUGUAUGCUGUUGUGGACAUAUUUGCAGCUACUAAAUGUGUUCAGAUUGUCCAGGUGGAAUAUGGCUUUGCUUCAUUGCAGACACUCUGCCGAAAGACAAUUCAGAAACACAUCAUUCAUAGAAUGGCUUUGGACUGGUUGGAACUUCCAGAGUUACUUAAACACUAUUGCAAAUAUGAGUGAGCAAAACCUGUUACAAAUCUGCAAAGCAUGGCUGGGUUGAAGGGGGGGUUGGGGGUGCUAGAUUUUCCUUGCAUCGCCCCCCUGGACGAACAUUGAAACACGAUCAAGGGUGACCAACUCAAGCAAAAUUAUCAAGGAGCACCCACCCCCCACUUCCGUCCAACAAAGAAAUAAACAGUUGCCAACCCUAAAGAUCAAAAUGUCCCUCAAAGAUCACAUCCUAGUACUGCUCCUGCAACAAAGACUGUGAAUCCUUGGAAUUUUUGUUCUGUUUUUUAAAUGGAAAACCUCCAAAAACCUGAAAGUCUCUUACCGACAAUACGUUCUUCAUCUGAUCCAUUUAAUAAAUAUUUUCUUCAAGCUCAAGCUUUGUGGAUGUAAAUUAUUACACCCAGAACACCUGGUGUAGCCUAAUAACAAUUUCACAGAUGCUUCCAAUUCUACUCACAUUUACUCAUUUUCAUUAAAACUGUGAGCAAUCUUACCAUAUUCUGACACUGUGAUCCUUCAGUGAGCCAUAGUGCAAAUUGAGAGUCAACAUUUUAAACCAGAAAUACUGAAUUAAGUUGAGGUUCUUUAAAAGUGGGGUAUUGACAAUCCAUUCAGAAUUUCAUAACAAUCAUAAUUUAUCCUUCUAUAAAAAUAACUAAUUAAUUAACAGUGAAUUUAAAUGACAUAUCAUUUGCACUGGCAUUGAUUAUGCUUGUCAAACAUGUAUAGCCACUUUUGUGCGGACAUUGUGUUUUGGUUUCACUAUAAGCAAUGCAUAAUUUAAUUUAAUUUAAACUAACUGAUUUCAGUUCAGGAGACUCUGUGAUGUCAUUAAAGGGUUAAACUUUCGACAUUCAGGGUCAUGUGAGCAAACAACAUUGCGCCGACCACAGCAGAGUUUGUGUUUGGGAGAAAUGCCAACAAAACUACAUCUGAAGAAACCUAAUUAAGUUUUUACAUUAAAACUUGUUUGAGUCAAAAGAUUAAUGUCUCUAGUUUCAUCUGAUAUGCCAUUUUUUUAUUUGUUUUUAUUUGAAUGAUGUAUUGCAAAACGGCAAGCUGUUAAACACAAUGCCCACUAUG